CUCUUUUUGGUUCUUCUUAUCUGCUCUCAUGUUUCUGGAGUUUUUCUACUUUCUAGUGAGAAAGUACGCAAAUACUCUUUCACCUUAGAAAAAACAAAAAACUCAGAAAUUUUUCCUCUCUUUCUCUGGCUAUCUUUCAAAUCUAAUCCUCGUUGAUUUUCUAAUCCUAGGAAAAGGGUGUCGAAUUUUGUUGAUCUGUCCUCUCCUCGUCAAGACUUUUCUUUUUAUUUUUCUUGGAUUUCAGACAAAACCCAGUUUUAGAAACGUCGAUUUUGAUUUUUUUUCUUUUCACAAACUCGGAUUUUUCUCUCUCAACUGAGAAUUAAAAAAAAAAAAAAUUGAAUGAAAGGACACCAAAAAGUCUCGUCGGAGAAACCAAUAUGGGAUCGGAGCUCUUCAGGUGUAUCCAUGACCCGACCUGCUCGAAGACUAAUGAUCUGGCUCAUCCUCUUCAUCUCCGUCACUUACAUCAUCUACACUCUCAAAAUCAUCUCCACUUCACACCCUUGCGAACAAGAUCCAACGAUUCUCCAACAGAGACCGCAGAAAAAAGCGAUUUCGGUUGCGGUCGAAGCGGUUGCGGCGGAGCAAGAACCGACCGAUCUAAAGAACGUCGUUUUCGGGAUUGCGGCGUCGUCGAAGCUGUGGAAACACAGGAAAGAGUAUAUCAAGAUUUGGUAUAAGCCCAAGAAGAUGAGAGGCUACGUGUGGUUAGACAAAGAGGUGAAGAUCGAAUCAGACGCCGCCGGAGAGCAAAACCUCCCGCCGGUAAAAAUCUCCGGGGACACGGCGUCGUUUCCUUACACGAACAAGAAAGGACACAGAUCAGCGAUUCGGAUCUCGAGGAUCGUAUCGGAGACGCUGAUGAGUCUUGAUUCAGAUUCGAGGAAGAAUGUGAGGUGGUUCGUGAUGGGUGAUGACGACACGGUGUUCGUCACGGAGAAUCUGAUUAGGGUUUUGAGGAAAUACGACCACGAGCAGAUGUAUUACAUUGGGAGCUUGUCGGAAUCUCAUUUGCAGAACAUUUUCUUCUCUUAUGGAAUGGCUUAUGGUGGUGGAGGUUUUGCGAUUAGCUAUCCAUUGGCCGUGGCUUUGAGCAAGAUUCAAGAUCGGUGUAUAAAGAGGUAUCCGGCGUUGUACGGUUCCGAUGAUCGUAUGCAAGCUUGUAUGGCUGAGCUUGGAGUUCCAUUGACUAAAGAGCAAGGUUUUCAUCAAUACGACGUUCAUGGGAACCUUUUCGGCCUUCUAGCUGCCCAUCCAGUAACACCGUUCGUAUCAAUGCACCAUCUCGACGUGGUUGAACCGAUCUUCCCAAACAUGACACGUGUUCGCGCCAUCAAGAAACUAACCACACCAAUGAAGCUUGACUCGGCUGCGCUUCUCCAGCAAUCAAUUUGCUAUGACAAGUCCAAAAGCUGGACGAUCUCGGUCUCAUGGGGAUACGCGGUCCAGGUGUUCCGCGGAUCUUUCUCUCCUCGGGAAAUGGAAAUGCCUUCUAGAACUUUCUUGAAUUGGUACAAAAAAGCUGAUUACACCGCCUACGCAUUCAAUACGAGGCCUGUGAGCCGCAAUGCGUGCCAAAAACCGUUUGUUUUUUACAUGUCGAAUGCGAAAUUCGAUCAGGAAUUGAACACGACGGUUAGUGAAUACACGAGGCAUCAGGUUCGGCAUCCGGCUUGCGGGUGGGAGAUGGCUAACCCGGAGGAGAUCAAUACUAUAGUCGUUUACAAAAAACCGGACCCUCAUCUAUGGGACAGGUCACCUAGAAGGAACUGCUGCACAGUAUUACAAACAAUGAGGAAUAAUACAUUAUGGAUCAAUGUUGGUGUAUGUAAAGCAGGUGAAGUUACUGAAGUUAAGUAAUUUCUAAUUUUUCUGUUAGUAAAAAGGAAUUUGAAAGAGAAGACAAUCAGAGGCUUUUAGUUAGGCUUUUUACUCCUAUAGUUUUGUCUGGUAAUUUUUUUGAUUUUACCUUGUAUUUUCAUAUUUCAUUUAUUGAGUUCCAAAUCUCAAAUUU